UUCAGACUCAUGCCUUGCACUAUGCAGAACACACACAGCUUAUACUUUCGCCUUCUCGUGUUGAUCAUAGGAGGCUUAACACAGUGUCUGGCUAUGAAGCAUUUGACAGUAAUGCGAGGAGACACACUGACUCUGACAUGCCGGCUCAAAAAACAUCAUACAAGUUCUCCAGUUGAAUGGAAAAACCCAGAAAAUCUUUCCUUGUUCUUUAACAAAAUAAAAGCCAUGAAAGACAAGAGGACCAGCCUUGUUGCUUUAACCAAUUCAAAAUUUUCAAUACGGGUGACUGAUAUCAAAUUCAAAGAUGGAGGGGUAUACAAUUGUGUACGUUACAAUCCUGAAUUCUCAGAGAAAAAGUUUAAAGUAACUGUCAUAGAUGCUCCAAAACUGGAAAAGGAUGAGCAGGGCGAUAAAACAAUUGUUACAUGCACUGCUUCAGCAAAUGAACAUCCACCCAGCCUGUCAUGGCUGAUAGAUAAUGGUGUAGAGAUUGAGGCUCUUCCAAAUUAUGAAGGGGACAAUGUAACCAAGAAAUACACAGCUGUCAGCCAUCUGAAUGUAAAAAGUACUACGAAGAGAGUUAGAGUAACGUGCCUGGCCCAUCAUCCAGCUCUCUACCAUUUCUACCUGGAAAACUCCAUUUAUUUAGGAAGCCAGAGUGAAGAUACAUUAUCAAAGAAUCCAAAAUAUCCCAGUACCACACCAGACACAACAGUUAUUACAACUCUUCCUAGCAGUACAAGUGAAGAUACAUCAACCUCAUCAAAAUAUCCCAGUCCCACACUUGGAACAACAGACACAAAAUUCAUUUCAAACCUUUUUAGCAGUACAAGCUUCACCAGUAGUCAUUCACAGUCAGAAAGCACAGAUUACAGUAAUACAACAGUUGCAGUAGCUGAAACCACAGAGGACAUUUCAUCAAAUGACAGUGCAAACGUAUUAAGCAACACUACAGCAAAUGAAUCAAUAUCUGAAACAACAGAGGGCACACCAUCAAAUACCAGCAUCACGUCAUCAAGCGACAAUAAUGGCAAUUACAGCAGUCAUGAGAGACAAAGUAUUAAAAAGGGAAAUUCAGCAUUGCUUGUGUUGUUGGUCACAUGCCUCAUCAUCUGCCUGUUCGUGGUACUUGUCUUCUUCCUUGUUCGGCUAAGGAAAGCACACAUUGCCUGGAAAAAAGAGAACGAAGAGUCUGAACAGUCAGUGGAGAGCAGCAAAUCAAAGUCUAGCAGUGAGGAGAAGCAAAAACAGAGGAGACAAGGCUUUUGGAACACCAGUUUCACAAAGUACAAAGCAGAGGAACCACUAGAGAAUGGUGCUCAGGCCACAUCUGCUUCUGUACAAGUAGUGAACGAAAACCCACAGGACUUUAUUUCUAGAUCUGGCAUCAAAGAGACUGAACUGUGAACAUUGUGAGACUUUCAUACCUAACCAACAUUAGUAUGGUAUGGUAGCUUGAAUUGGUGCUUGAAUACUGAGUGAAUGCUUGAAUAAUAAGCUAGAUAUACUUUCUUUUUGUAUAUUUUUUGUAUUUUUUAUAUAAAAAAGUGUAAUUUAUAUUUUGAUAGAAAUUGUAUAAUAUAUAUUUUUCUAUGAGUGACAAUAAACAUGUACAUUUGU